AGUCUUAAAAAAGUCUCUAGAACAACUUUUUUGCAAGUGGAUAAACAAUCUGGAUUUAAUAUGCUCCAGGCUGCUGUCGUUGAGGGAAAAUACAACAUUGUUCUAGAAGCUAGUGGCCUUUUAGACAACUUUGUAAAAGAGAUGGAACGUACAAAAACGGGAAAAAACGCCAAACUAUUUCCUGGGAAAUCUGCAGUUGACAUCUUGUCCUUUAGAAAUAAACUACCAAUGAACUAUGAUAUCGAAAGGAUUUAUGAAAGGUUGGCUGAGGAAAACAGUAGUCUGACUAAGUCGCAGUGGGCUACAUGCAGUGAUGAUGAGGAACAAGCUGUUGAGCUUGUAUUAAAUGACGGUGUAGAUAUUAAUGCCCGAGUGUCAGAAAAUGAUUACACAAGUUUGCUGCAGGCGAGUCGUUCAUCCUCAAGUCAUUUCAUUGAGACCCUCAUUGAUCUUGGGGCCGAAGUUAACGUUCGAAGUAAAGAGAGAAGAGAAACCCCUCUCAUACUAGCAGCUGAUUGCAACAACUACAUGGUAGCUAGCUUGCUUUUGAGACAUGGGGCUGGUGUAAACGUUCAGGACAGUUCUGGUUCCACACCUUUGCAUUUGUCAGUCAAAAAGAAUCGCAAAAGUCUGGUCAGAUUAUUACUUGCAUACAAUGCGAAUGUAAAUAUCGAAGAUAAUAGUGGAUAUACAAUACUGCAUCAGUCAGUCAUACAGGGUGACAAAAACCUCGUGAGAUUAUUCCUUAAACAUCACGCGGAUGUGAAUAUUCAAAACAAACGUGGAGAAACACCUCUGCUCUUGUCAGUCAAAUUGGAGCACGAAAACCUCGUCAGGUUGUUAGUUCAACACAACGCAGAUGUAAAUAUUCCAGAUAACGAUGGGUAUAAAGUGUUGCAAAGGUAUGUCAUGGGGGGUGACGAAAAUCUCAUUAGAUUUUUAAUUGAACACAACGCGGAUGUAAAUAUUCAAAAUGAGGAUGGAUAUACACUACUGCAUCGGUCGGUCCUUAAGAACGAUGAAAACCGCUGUAGAUGGUUACUUAAACACAACGCGGAUGCAAAUAUUCAAAACAAACGUGGAGAAACACCUCUGCUCUUGUCAGUCCAAUUGGGGCACGAAAACCUCGUCAGGUUGUUAGUUCAACACAACGCAGAUGUAAAUAUUCCAGAUAACGAUGGGUAUAAAGUGUUGCAAAGGUAUGUCAUGGGGGGUGACGAAAAUCUCAUUAGAUUUUCAAUUGAACACAACGCGGAUAUAAAUGUUCAAAAUAAGGAUGGAUAUACACUACUGCAUCGGUCGGUCUUUAAGAACGAUGAAAACCGCUGUAGAUGGUUACUUAAACACAACGCGGAUGCAAAUGUUCAGGAUAAUAAUGGAUAUACACCCGUACACCGGGCAGUCAUGAAUGGUGCCGUAAACCUCAUUGAAUUGUUACUUGAAUACAAAGCGGAUGUAAAUAUUCAACAUAAAUAUGGAUUCACACCAUUGCACCUGUCAGCUCGUUUCAGCCACAAAGAUUGCAAUGAGAUUAUCGAUCUCCUGCUGCAGUAUGGAGUGCAAAAUAUAGACAUCCGCGCCGUAGAAGGCAAAACUCCUCUUCAAAUG